AUUAAAGGAGGCAUCAAUCAGCUAGCUCCUGUUUAUAAUUAAAGUAUUUGUCAGUAUGUACAUAUAUAGAAAGAGACAGAGAGAAGCCAUAAGCAUAAUGGCAAGUAGUGUAAACAAGAAAGAGGUGGAGCAGAGCCAUUUCAAGUGGACUAGCAAAACAAGUAACAAUAAUGAAGAAGAUGCUGGCAAAUCAAAGAGUAACAGUAGGAAACUGCAUGGUUUGGCACUGGUUUUGAGGCUGCGAUCAUUAUUUGGGAAAAACUCGAAUCAAAGAGUGAUGAUAGGAACCCUAUUUGGCAACAAGCGCGGUCACGUUCACUUGUCUUUCCAAAAGGAUCCCAAAUCCGACCCUACGUUGCUCAUCCAACUCGCUACACCAAUUACAGGAUUGGUUCGGGAAAUGGGAUGCGGGACCAUACGCAUCACGCUUGAGAGCGAGAAGAGAGUGAAGAAGAGCGAUCUUGCACUAGUAGAAGAGCGUGUUUGGCGAACUUACUACAACGGAGUGAAGUGCGGAACAGCGACGAGGAUGGAAUGUGGCGACAAGGAGCGGAAGAUAUUGAAGGCGGUGGAGCCAAUAUCGAUGGGCGCCGGAGUUCUGCCUGCGGUUGCGGACGGAGACGAGGAAGAGGUGAUAUACAUGAGGUCCAAGUUUGAGAGGGUUAUUGGCUCUUCGGAUUCUGAGGCUUUUUACAUGCUAAACCCAGACAACAAUGGCACUGCUCCUCCGGAACUCAGCAUCUAUUUACUUAGAAUCUAAUAAGAUCAUGAUCAACAUAUGUAAUUUUUAUUUGUUAUUAAUUCAACGUCAAUCUUAAUUCUGAUCAACAAGGGUUGUGCUAGAAUGAUAAAUAGCUUAAUGCCAUAACUCUGAUAACUUGACAACUCAUAAUAUUAAAAAUGUGAACACAAUGACAUAUUUACGUACUCAUGUCAUUGUAUUGACAUUUUAUAUAUUGAGUUCACGAGUUAUCAAAGUUAUCACAUUAAGUUAGUUAUCAUUUGGUUACACCCUUAUAUGCACAUGUAGCUUUUCCUAAAUAUUAAAGGGGUAUUGACAUAUAAAUUCCUAAGUUAAGGUGAAUUCAGGUAUGUUAAAAACAUUUGAUAUUGGAAUAUUACCUCGAACUUUGAAUUUUUCUCAAGUU